AUGGCAGGCAAAAUCACGAGCGAUGAGGGGUACGGGAGCUCCGCGGACUCAGUCUGCGAAAAGACCCUUUCCUUGAGCAACAGCUCCUCGUCCAUAACCAUGAACGAAACACUGCCCGUUACCAAGGUUCCAGCCUUGGACACGAUCGAUCCAUACGUUGUCAAUAGAUCAGCCGAGUGCGCGGUAGCCAGAAGUCCCCCACUUGAGCUAUCUUACAGUACGGAAUAUCAGAACCUCGCCGAUGGCAUCGUCCAGGGCUAUGCGCGUUUCAUAUCUAGCUUCACCGGCCUCGAGGAUGUUGCUUUCUUCGUAUCCCGCCACUCGCCCUUCGUGUCGGCCACGCAACAGGCAUGCGGAGUCAUUUGCGCCUCCGUGUUUUGUUCCGAUGUUGCUGAGCAGCAGAGGGGCGAAGAAUGCUGCAAAGUGCGCGAAGUAGAUACAUGCUACUACAACAAGGACGAGAUCCAGUUUUCGUUGACCCUAGGAUUGAGCGUCGAACCUGAAAAUGGCGAGCUACAACCUAGCGUCCAAGAAAAUGUAUUCGGCUUGAAUAUUACAUCUACUACGAAUGACAGUGUUCUACAAAUCGAUUUUACCUAUCCGACGCAACUCAUUCCGGAUACGGCAAUCUCUCAACUGUUGAAAACGCUCGCCUCACACCUAGCCGACUCGUCUCCAUUCCUUAGCCCCGAUAUAUCCCCUCCUGAGCUUUCGAUCAUUAAUUUCCCUCCACUCAUGGUGCCCCCAUCCAGGGACACAGAACUGAAUGAGGCCGCUGCAGCCGAGAGCUCUAGGCCAUCCCUUCUUCACGCUGCUUUUGAGGGCUGGGCCCAUAGAAAGCCUAAUACCAUAGCGCUUGACUUCGUACAUUCUUUAGCAUCUGCAGAAAUACCCGCAGGACACAGCAUUUUAACUUACGCCGCUCUUAAUACUGCAGCCUCGAACUUGGCCAUCCAUAUCAGGACUCUUUUGUCCGGUCACGAUCACUCGGCCAAUCAUGGGCGCAUAAUCCCUGUAUAUAUGUCGACGUCCCCUGAACUUUAUAUUUCCUAUCUCGGUGUCCUGAAGGCUGGCUGUGCGUUUUCGCCGAUCCCUCAAGAUGCCCCCGCACAGCGAGUACAAGAGAUUCUCCAAGACAUUGGCUCUCCCAUUAUUCUAGGCAAUACACCUGAGCCGUUCCCAAUGCCGUGGACCACGGAAACUACAGAUGCUAAAACAACCACUCACACAUGGGUUGACGUCACGGAAGUGUCUAAGUGGAAAGAGCUACGAGGGGACCAGGUCCCCUCAACAGCUAUGUCUGAGCCUCUUGACCAACCGGAUAUAGAUGAAAACCAGACUGCUUAUCUCCUGUUCACAAGUGGCUCUACUGGAAAACCCAAGGGCGUUCAAGUUAGCCAUUUGGCGGUUACCUGCUCCAUCGAGUCUCAUGCUACAGCCAUCCCGCUCCCUGGAGACUCCGUCGGGGACUUCCGUUGGUUCCAGUUCGCGUCUCCCACAUUUGAUCCAUCACUCAUGGAAAUCUUCGUGACAUUGAGCAGUGGUGCUACUCUUUGCUCUGCCUAUCGGAGUUUGACAUUGACAGACUUGGAAGCAACUGUCAAUGAAGCAAAAGCAACUGUGAUGAUGGCCACCCCCAGCUUGGCCGCACUUCUGCGGCCUUCACGUCUGACAACUCUCCAAUCUCUCUGGACUAUGGGUGAAAAGCUGAAUCGAACAGUCAUCGAGAACUUUGCUUCCCAACCAAAUACCAAUGAGGUGAAUGGCUCUUCAGGGCCUUCAACCAUGCUGGUUAAUGCAUAUGGUCCCACAGAAGGCGCAAUUAACUGCACCUUCCUUGCCCCAGUCGACCGUUCCACUCGUGGUUCAAUCAUUGGUAAAGCGCUGCCCACGAGUGCAAUGUUCAUCCUCGAUCCGAAUACCCAUGUCCCAAAGCCGAUACCGUCUGGGCUUGCUGGGGAGCUGGCGCUAGGAGGGCCGCAGGUCAGCAAAGGCUAUUUGAACCGCCCGGAAGAAACUGCGAAGUCCUUUGUACAUAGCCCCGACUUCGGUUAUGUCUACCGCACUGGUGAUAUGGCACGCAUUGUUUGGGACGAGACAGGCUCCCAGGUUAUUGAGUUCCUUGGCCGUAUUACCUCUGAUCAGGUAAAGCUCAGUGGUCGCCGCGUGGAACUUGGUGAGAUAGAGUCUGUCCUCUCCACUGUGAAUGGUAUUACCGAGGUUGUGGCCGUAGUGUCGAAGCGGGACAUGAAUGUGCAAGGCAGCGAACAGAUCUUUGCAUGUCUAGUAGUGGAUAAUGCAACCGAAGUAGAAAAGCACGAGAUUGUGCGAACCGCGCAAGAGUCGACACAAUUGCAUCUUGCAUCAUACAUGUGCCCAUCGUCGUACGCAUUCUUUGACUCUCUACCUAGAUCUAGCUCUGGGAAAGUCGACCGCAAAGCCAUAUCUGCCAAGCUCCAACAGGGUGGUGUGGACUUAUUCUCUAUCCAGAAACCCAAAUCUGAGACGUCCGUUGAUGCGCAAGACAACUGGGAGGCUACAGAUGAACACACACAACGGGUACAACAACUGGUGGUCAACCUUAUUGCAGAAACAUCCGACGAAGAUGUCACCGCAAUCAAGCCCAGAUCAGAUCUUUACUCGCUAGGCAUUGACAGUCUCGGUGCGAUGCGGCUCCUACAGAAGCUGCGAGACAAUUCCAUUGAAGGCUUAUCUGUAGGGGAUGUACUGCGAGCUGAAACACCUAUGGCGCUGGUGUCAAUGAUUGCGAAGCCUCAGUCAACGGCCAAUAGUAUCGAUUCGAACGGCGCUUCUCUAGCUGAUAACUCCGCCGAGCUGCUGAGCCAACAGCUUGCGUCGUUCAGUACCAGAAACCAACCUGUAUGUGCGGAGAGGCUCGGUCUAACCUCGGAUCAGAUCCAGAAAGUCUUACCGACCACGGCAACACAAUCUGGUAUGUUGACCAGCUUUCUGCGCAGCUCAGCUGAUACGUCGUUCAAAACGCGCUCGUAUAUUUAUCAUUCCGUCCUUCCCCUUGAGGCUGCAGUCGACCUUGACCGUGUACGGAACGCGUGGGACGUUGUUACUGCGAAUUAUGACUCUUUCCGAACUGUCUUCUGCUGGCUCGACGACGACAUGGCACCAUUCGCACAGUGUAUACUGGCUGCUGAUGCAGUACCAAAGCCAAAGUGGAAUGUUUACAACGUCUCUAAGGGCAAUUCAGAGAAGGAAACGCUAAACGAGGCUUUACGAGACGCAGAGGAAACUAUUAGCUUGAGUACGCCUCCAUGGAAGUUGUCUCUGAUCACAUCCCCUCAAAGAACACUCAUAAUCUUGAGCAUGUUUCAUGGAAUCUUUGAUGGUGGCUCAUUGCAACUACUUCUUCAGGACGUGUCUUUGGUUUAUGGCAAUCAAGCUAUGGCGAGCCGAACAUUAUUGGAGCAUAUUGUACAACAUCACUUUGGCGCUGACCAUACAGCAACAUCUAAAUUCUGGAACGAACAUUUGGAGCACUACUCGCCGAUUUCUUUUCCUUCCGUCACGCCUUAUCGGGCUCCCUCAGUGAAAGCGGCCGAUUGCGUGGAAAUCACCUCACACAUCAGCUACGACCAGUUGAAAAAGCAGUCUAAAACCAUCGGCGCAACCCCACUUUCAGUGCUACAGGCAGCUUGGGGCUCUGUCCUCUUGGCCUACACUGGGACCCCAGACCAAGAUGUUGUGAUGGGCAGCGUAGUUUCUGGGCGGUUGGAUCCCGACUCAGAAAUAUGUAUUGGCCCAACCUUUACCACUGUUCCUGUGCGACUCGCUCUGAACCUAAUCCCACAGGAUGCCACUGGCACUCGGACGAACAGAUCUGUCGCCCGUUACCUGUCAUCUUUCAAUGCCAAGACAUUAUCUUAUCUGCAACCGCGCUUGGGUUCCCUGGUCACAGGAGAUGGUCGAUUACCAUAUGACACGCUUGUGGCAUAUCAGGACUUCAGUGCUGGAUCAAGCACCAGUGGGCUUUGGAGCUCAAUAGACCACCCGCCAAUGGGGAAUGACUUUGCUGUGAUGAUUGAAGUCUGGCCUGGAGCCAAUUCAUCUUUGACCUUCCGUGCCAGUUUCAAUCAUGCUCUGCUUGACUCUGAAUCAGCUGAGGUCAUGCUGAGACAAAUGGUUGAUAUCGUUGCGUUCAUACUUGAAACACCAGAAGGAAACUUUUUAGAUGCCCCAUCCCAGACCCAACUCGAACUGAAGUCGACUUUCAAUCCAACAUCAAUCAUUGCUCCAGAGGUGUCAGAGGGCGCGCUAAUCCAUUCUCGAUUUGAAGAACAUGCAGAAUCACAUCCCGAAGACAUCGCAUUGAUAUUCAAGGGCGACUUGGAUGACGACAGCAACCCAUGUAAUAUAUCAUGGACCUAUGGAGAGCUCAACUCCAUAGCCGAUGGUCUUGCUGAGAAUCUGCUUCAGGUUACCGGUCCGCUGACAAACACUCCUGUUCCCAUAUGCAUUGAGAAAAGCCCGGCCAUGUAUGUGGCUAUUUUGGGAAUUCUCAAAGCAGGCGGUGCCUGGUGUCCGAUUGACACCCUUUCUCCUGCCCAGCGUCGCCAUGACUUGAUUGCGCGGACUGGCGCCAAAGUUCUUCUCGUGUCUAGUAACGACGGUGAUCAACCCGAAGGGUCCAUCCCAGCUGGGGUUGAUAUCAUCGAUGUUAGCCGAUUCACCGUGAAUACCUCUAAGUCAAACAGCAUGGGAAGGCCCAGUACUAAGCAAAGAACAAGCCCAGAUGGUAUGGCAUAUCUCAUCUGGACCAGUGGCACAACAGGUGCACCCAAGGGUGUUCCCAUCAAACAUUCUGCCGCGGUCUCUUGUAUGAAAUCUCUUAGCAAGGAUAUUCCUACAGACGUACAAGGUGGCGUCGUUCGCUGCAUGCAGUUCUCACAGUAUACCUUCGAUGUGUCAAUCCAAGACAUCUUCUAUACCUGGAGUCUUGGAGGAGUUCUCAUCUCCGCUACAAGAGAGAUAAUGUUGGGCUCUUUCUCUAAACUCGCGAACAUCACCAAGGCUACUCAUGCGCACCUCACUCCGGCAUUUUCAGCAGGUGUUCCUAGGAAGAGCUGUGAAACGCUUGAAGUGAUUACUAUGAUUGGUGAGAAGCUGACCCAGCCAGUCGCUGAUGAUUGGGGCACUGAUAUGCGCGCCUUCAACACAUAUGGGCCUGCCGAAGUAACCAUUGUUUCCACAAUCAGGGAGUUCGGAAAUGAGCACAAGAACAUCAAAAGCGCCAAUAUCGGCUGGCCCAUGGAUACUGUGUCUGUUUUCGUGACAAAGAAUCAGCGAAUGGUAAUGAAAAAUGCAGUUGGCGAGUUAGCAUUGGGUGGACCCCAGCUUUCCCCUGGCUAUCUGAAUCAAGAGGACGUCACAAAAGCAAAGUACGUUUGGAACGAGGAAGCCUCACAGACACUCUAUUACACCGGUGACUUGGUGCGCAUGCUUGCUGAUGGCUCUCUUGAGUAUCUCAACCGUGUCGAUGACCUGGUCAAGCUCGGUGGUAUUAGAGUUGAGCUUAGCGAAAUCAGUUUCUCCCUUGAUGGCUGCCAUCCUUCUGUUGAGAAUAUUGAAACACUCAUCCUCAGUCGUUCCGAUAGACCUACGAAGGUGGUGGUUGCCUUCCUUUCUGCGCCUGAAGCUGCAUCUGCCGAUAAUGACAAGUUGUUGAUACUCAACAGUACGGCACUUGAUAUAGCUCGUGCUGCCAGUGACAAAGCCCACUCGGUCCUUCCUGAUCAUAUGAUCCCGUCUGUGUACUUGGUUGUUAAAAACAUUCCAAGAACACCAUCUGCCAAGACUGACCGUCGGGCUCUGCAAGCCGCAUAUGAGGCUAUUGACAUCGACAGUUGGGAAGGCCAGCUAAACCCUGAAAAUACGGAUUCUACCAAAGAGGCAGAAAAUGACGCAGACGCCACCAUAACUUCAAAUAUAAUCGAUAUGAUCGCAUCGCUGGCCAGCAUCUCAUCCUCAAUCAUUAGCAGGGUUAGUAGACUUGGAAGUCUGGGUAUAGAUUCAAUCCGCGCCAUUCGCCUGGCCUCUAGGCUCAAAGAAGCUGGCUGCCAACUGUCUGUUGUCGAAGUACUGAAUUGUGUCACCGUACAAGAUUUGGUGAGGUUAGCGUCUUCUAGCAAAGCUGCUACGGCCUCCUCAGAUACAUUUGACCUGGAGAAGUUUAAUCUGACAUGGCAUGUGUUGGCUGCCAAACAGAUACAAGAAGAUUUCUUCACUGUACGUGCUACCACAAUUCAGGAAAGCUUGCUGAGUGAGACAAUGGGUACAUACGACAUGUACUGGAGCAAUCAUUUCUUCUCACUUGACCCCUCUGUGUCGCUUGACGGACUAAAGCAGGCUUGGCUUGCUGUUUGCCAAAAGACGGAAGCACUAAGGACUGGAUACAUUCCUGUGGCUGAGGUGGCUAGUACUUGCCAUGAUAAUUUCGACUUUUCUAUCCUGCAGCUCAUUUACAAGUUGCCUGCCUUGGAUUGGGAAGUGCACAGCUGUACUGAAGAUGAAUGGGUAGCACUGCGUGAUCGUCGAAUUGAGACAAUCAUGACAAAGCACCAAAGCAAUUAUUUCAGCUACCCACCGUGGGCUGUCACUGUUUUCGACAAGGGUAAUGAAAGGGUCAUGGUUCUUACGAUACACCAUUCUAUCCACGAUGGCCCUUCUCUCGGUCUAAUCAUGGAUGAUGUGCAAUCUGCUUACAUGCACAAGCCUCCCUUGAGACAUCAGCUUAGCAGUGCGCUUUCCAUUGUUCUUCCGAACGAAGUGAAGAGCGCAGAGACCUGCAACUUUUGGCAAUCCGAGUUAGAGAGGUUUUCAGAGCUGGACACUCCAGUGUGGCCUGACCUUACUGGCAAAAAGGUAGAUCCCGGAGUUGAACAAGAAUUCAAUCUCAUCUCAGAGGAGAUUCCAUUGACGGAGAAGGUUUCAGAGCUUCAAUCAGCUGCGGCUCAACUCGGAGUGUCAUCUAUUGCUUCUAUCAUACGAGCAGCAUGGGGCUAUGUGUCACUUUGCUAUCUUGGAAUCCCAGCAACCGUUUUUGCAGAAACUCUCUCCGACCGUGUGCUGCACCCAGAUCUAGAGGAUGCAAUUGGCCCAUUGAUCUCUGUUGUCCCCAUACCUUUCCACCCACAGGGAAGCGCGCGCGAAUUUCUUGCAGAACAACAUCGGAUCUCGGUACAAUCUUGGAAGCAUCGCCAUAUUCACGCUCGUGACGUGCGAAGGAUGCUAAACCGGCCAAGAGGCGAGGCUUUAUACCCAGCUGUUUUCAACUUCCAUGUGGCAACUGAAUCGAAGGGCCCUUCUCAGUCCCAAAUCUGGCAGGAGCUAGAAGACCAAAUUGGCUUACACGUGGAGCAUCCUAUGGCCUUCAAUGUUUUUCAACGUGCAGACGGCGCUAUUGUCUUGGAGGCAUCCUCGGAUAGCCGCCUGAUGAGCCGAGAGCAGCUGUCGCUUUUUGUCCGUCAGGUCGACGGCUUUGUCACUUCUAUGUUGGCAUUCCCCGACAAACAAUUAGCAGACCUGGUGCACCAUCUUCCAACAGCCUUGAAGUCUAUCUCCACUAGACCUGUUCCCGAGUCUGUUCGUGAUUCGGUUCAUACCAGUCCAACCUAUUGGUUGGAGAAGAAUGCCCGCGAACACCCGGAAUGGACAGCUGUUGAGGUCGCAAGUGACAUAGCUCCUGAAGGAAUUGUUAAGGAAGCGUGGACCUACGAGACGCUCAACACUAAGGCGAACCGUGUGGCAGCCUACAUUGCCUCCCAAGGGCAUAAGAACAGAAUGAUCGGUGUUUGCUGUGGGCGAAACCUUCCUUCAUAUCCAAUAAUCGUUGGCAUCUUCAAGUCUGGAAAUGGUUAUCUUCCGAUAGACGAGGGACUUCCAGAUGAACGUAAAACAUUCUUAACUGAGGAUGCUGAUUGUCCCAUUGUCUUCACCGAGACCCAAUUUUCGCAGUCAUUCUCCCGAGUCCCUGAAGCCUGUCGUGUCAUUUGCAUCGACGACUCUGGCUUCCAGGAAUUGGUGGAAACAAUGCCGACUGAGGACCGGGAUUACCAGUCUCAUCCAGACGAUGUCGCCUAUCUUCUUUUUACAUCCGGUUCAACUGGCAAACCGAAAGGUGUCAUGGUCACUCGGGGCAAUCUUUCAUCGUUUAUCGAGUCAUUCGGGGAGUUCUGCAUCAAAGCCGCUCCUGGUACACUGACUCUGGGCGGCACUGGUAGGUAUCUUGCACAAGCCAGUAGAGCCUUUGAUCCUCAUCUUCUAGAAAUGUUCUUCCCGUGGCGCCAAGGAAUGACAACGGCGACUGCUCCUAGAGCUAUGAUCUUGAAUGACAUCAAAACAACACUUUCAAAAUGGGAGAUAACACAUGCAAGCUUCGUGCCGUCAAUGGUGGAUCAAUCAGAUACACGGCCAGAGGACUGUCCCAAGCUACAAUAUAUGACAGUCGGCGGCGAGAAAAUAUCCAAGAAGGUAUUGGAUACAUGGGCCGAUUCUCACAUUGCGCUUGUAAAUGCAUAUGGUCCGACUGAGGUGACAAUUGGCUGUACUUUCGCUCAUGUUAGGAGGCAGACAAACAUGCGGAACAUUGGACCACCGUUGAGUGCCUGUGCCUGUCAUGUCAUGAUUCCCGGUACAGAUACCUAUGCCCUCCGAGGUCAAACUGGAGAGCUGGUCUUUAGUGGCGAUCUCGUUGGAAAAGGAUACCUUAACAGGCCCGAUGCCACUGGAUUUGUGACGGGGCCUAAUGGAGAGAGAAUGUACCGAACUGGUGAUAUAGGCCGUCUGAUGCCAGACGAUUCAGUGGAGUAUCUGGGCCGUGGUGACGAUCAAACCAAAAUCCGAGGCCAAAGGUUGGAGCUCGGAGAGGUGUCCGAAGUGCUGCGCUCAUCUUCGGCCGUUCCCAUUACUGUUGUCACAACAGUUGUCAAACAUCCAGGUCUGGCCAGAGCGCAGCUUAUAUCUUUCAUCACACGGUCGGAUGCUCGUCGCCACCAGCCGGAUGAGAGCGUGGCCUUUGUCCAGUCUGAUUUCGCAACCUUGGGCAAGGAACUCCAGGAUAUCCUCAAAAAGAAGCUGCCAGCAUAUAUGGUUCCUGAGCUUAUCCUACCCAUAACGUAUAUCCCGAAGGCACCGAUGUCUGGGAAAGCGAGCCUCAAGGAACUGCAUGCUCUGUUCACAAACUUACCACUUGCGGCUGUUCUCCAGGGAAAUAAUGCGAUCAUUAAAGAUGGCAGCGCCGUCAGUCGACCCCUGACUGCUGAUGAGGAGGCUGUUGUGGAGGAGGUCUGUACCGUUAUAUCUACAGACCGUUCCAACAUUGGUCCAAUGACAAAUAUCUUUGAGGUUGGCCUAGACAGUCUGAGCGCCAUAGGUCUCUCUAUCAAACUCAGAAAGAUUGGAUACCAAGCGACAGUCGCUCUUGUCAUGAGCAACCCAGUUAUUGAACAACUUGCCCGUCUUCCAAGAAACGCCUCGCCGUUAAAUGGACAAGAUUCGUUGUCGAAUACACGCCAAAGGCUUCUUGACAUAGAAUCUCAGUACAGAAAAAGCUCCCCUGCUGGAGUCGACCUGUCUCGAGUUGCUUCUGUGCGUCCUUGUCUGCCCCUCCAAGAAGGCUUGGUAGCCCGCUCCAUCAAUAGCGAUGGGGACCAACUCUAUGUCAAUCAUGUUAUUCUUCAACUUGGAAAGAUCGAUGUAGCGCAGUUGAUGUCAGCAUGGCAAACAGUGGUCAAUGACAAUGACAUCUUGAGAACUGCUUUUGCUCCGUUGGACAAGGAAAUGGUCCAGGUAGUCUUCUCUCCUGACUCCAGCCAGCUUCGCUGGACCGAAAAAGAAUAUCGCACCCUUGAAGAAUCGAUCGAGAGGUCCAAAUUGCAACAGGAGGGAGUCACUCAAGACAUCAUUUCGAACAUCUCCAGCACACCUCCUGUGCGAUUCCAUCUUGCAAAGAGCUCUGAAACCAAGGAACCACUCGCUCUCUUCAUCUCCAUCCACCACGCUCUCUACGAUGGCGAGUCUUUCUCAAUGUUGAUGGAUGAUGUUACUUCUCAUUAUGCAGAGCACCCAGUUCCAGAGAGAGGUUUACCGUUGACGUUCAUUGAACAUGUUUAUGGUCAAGACUUAGAGAAGGCAAAGAAGCACUGGACUGAGUAUCUGUCCGGUUGCCGCCCGACAAUUUUCCGCGAAGAUCCUAGUGUCAUGGAACUUCCAACUUCUGCGCACAAGCAACUUGGUAACAAAUUGUCAGCCUUGGAGCGCCGAUCAGCGAGUCUCCAAACAACGGUCCCAUCCUUGAUACAGGCUAUAUUUGCACUUCUGUUGGCCGAUACAGUAGGCGCCUCAGAUGUAACAUACGGACUUGUGCUCUCUGGUCGCGCUUUAUCUGUGCCUGGAGCAGACUCAGUCCUACUUCCCUGCAUCACUACAAUUCCCAGUCGUCUUGAUACGGACGUUGAAGUCGAGGCAAACCAUGCUACUGACACGGUCAAUCUACACUGCCUCUUUUCCCCAUCGUUUGGCACUCUAUAUAAUGGAGAGGAGUUCCUCGAAAAGAUGGAUGCUGUACUCGCAAGUGUCGCGUCAGGCGAAAGUGUCUCUUUGGAUAGUUUCAAUCUUCCUCGAGUGGAAGAUUCUGGACCACGUUCAUCUGCUAUUAAAUGGGAUGAGACCACAUGGUCCAAUACAGAAACUGCGAUUCAAGGUCUUGUUGCUGCUUUCUGUGGCUUGAGUUUGGCAGAUGUCACCAAGGGAGCCUCCUUCUUGAGUCUAGGAAUUGACUCUGUUACAGCCAUCCAAUUCGCACGCAAGCUGCGUGAGUCAGGCCUCAAUGCUUCCUCGUCUGAUGUCAUGCGCUUCUCUUGUGUAGGUGCGUUAGCUAGACACAUUGAGCAAUCUUCUCUCCCUCAGCCCACAACGAACGGCGAACAGGUUAACGGAACAACGCAUAUUCCUCUUGAUGUUUACCAGAAGCAUGUCCGUCUCUUAGGUGAUAAUGAUUCCGUCGAAUCCAUGUUUGAAUGUACACCUCUACAAGCAGGCAUGGUCACACAAACACUAGCCUCUUCCGGGCAGGUCUAUGUUAAUCCUCAUCCUAUCCGCCUCAACGACUCUGUGGAUACUAACAGAUUACGGGAUGCGGUUCAAGAAAUAAUCAAGAGAAACGAUAUCCUGCGUACCUCGUUCCAUCUGAUAGGGGAGCUUGGUUCUUCUUGGAUCGGUGCUGUACAUGCACAGCCCCCUCUUGAAUGGCAAGAGCUGACUUUACCAUCUGACUGUGACGUUCUUUCUGAGGUCAACGCACUCUUCUCCUUUGGAGAGGAGUCCUCCUUUGAGGUUCCCCCAAUCCGCUCUGUUCUAGUUAACCAACCUGAUGGAAGACUUCUGAUCGUCGUCAUGCACCAUUCUCUAUACGACGGUGCUUCCCUGCCAUUCUUCUUCGAGGACCUCGCCAUUACAUACAACGGUGAGCGUCCGUCAGAGAGACCACAGUUCUCAGAAACAGUCAGGCAUGUAUUGAACGGACAAGAUGAGGCCUGCAACUUUUGGGGCCGUAAGCUACAGGAUUAUGAAGCUGUCGAGCUUCCUCAGCUGCCGUCUUCUGAAUCUUUGGAUCGCAUGUUCCUCACAGACAGUCGUAUUGAUCUUGACCUGCCGGUUAUUAUUGACGCCUGCAAAAGGAUGGAGGUCACUGUACAAAGCGUGGCUAUCUUAGCAUACGCCAAGGCCCUCGCACGCCUUAUUGGGAAACGUGACAUCGCAUUUGGACAAGUUCUUGCAGGCCGGUCAGUGCCAGGAACCGAACGUACUUUUGGCCCUCUGUUCAACACUGUAGCUCAAAGAGUGACCUUUGAGCCAAAAUUCCUGAGCAAUAGGGCUAUGGCAUUGCGGCUGCAACAACUCACAACUGAAGCACAAGAAUAUCAGCACGCGCCUCUGAGAGUUGUACAAAACUCUCUGAGAAAGGCUAAUACGCUGAAGGCAACUUCGCUCUUCGAUACACUCUUCGUCUUCCAGAAGAGCGCAGACUUUGCUGGCAGCAUACUUGAGGAGCAACAGAUUUGGAAGCCGUACGAAACAAACGACUAUGCUGCUCAAGCCGAGUAUAAGCUAAACGUGGAAGUUGACCAUGGGCAAAAGGGAAUUGCAGUCAACGCCAACUGCAACGGGCAAUAUAUGUCACAAAUGGCUCUCGAUAGCUUCAUCAACGAUUUCACAACAGCCUUCAAAGAUAUUAUCCAGCACCCAACCAGGUGCGUCACAGUCGUACCUGAGCAUCUUGGAGAGCUACCUCUCAGACUGUCCUUGGAAACUCCUGAAGAAAACCUGGCAGAAGACUCCAAUGCGCCUCCGCACGAAGCCACCGUUAAAUCUGUGCUAGCAGAUGUUUCUGGUGUGCCAGUCGACAGCAUUAACGCCAGUACUAGCAUCUUCAGUAUUGGGUUGGACUCCUUGUCGGCAAUUCGCAUUGCUUCUAUCUGUCGAUCGAAGGGGCUGAAGGCGGGUGUAGCCGAUAUUCUGCAAGGCAACACUCUUCGUGGAAUCAGUCAACGUAUCCGGCCUAUAACAGAACAGGCAGUCAAGCCUCAAGGUGCCCUUAUCAAGGACUACGAUCAAGUUGAGAACACAGUUUUGAAACAGCUGGGCUUGAAUAAGGAUUCUAUUGAAACCAUUCUUCCAUGUCUCGGUGGUCAGUACUAUCACCUCGUGAGCUGGUUGAAGUCUGGACGGAAGCUGUUCGAACCGGCCUGGCCAUACUUUACUACGGAACGCGUCAAUGCCGAAAUGCUUGAAGAAGCAUGGUAUCAACUUCGUCAAAGGCACCCAAUGCUAAGGACUUGCUUCGCAGCUAUUUCUUCUUCCGAAGCUGUCCAGGUCGCCAUGAAGCACGCUGUGCGUGACGGUGAAACUUUCAAGGUCAUUGAGUCCUCUGAUUCCAUAGAAGAGGCUGCAAAGGCACAGUCAAAGGCAGAGGCUUUAGAGCCUUCUUCACUCUUUGUUCCCCCUGUACGACUACGCCUCAUAAAGGCCAGCGACAAAGACGGAAUCCUUGUCCUAGUCAACCACGCUGCAUACGAUGCAUGGACAAUGCCACUGUUCGUUUCAGAGCUUGGAAAGCUCUACCGCGGUCAGCCAUUGGACUCAAACCCUGACUUCCCUUCCUUUGUCGACUACUCAGUUCGUUCUCUCCGUGAAGCUGAUGAGAAAGCAUACUGGACCUCAGCCCUCGGCUCAGGUACGCGCACCGUCAUCAACUCUAAGCAGGAAGCCGGCCAAAUCCCAGAUCAACUAUUCGUCGGAGCUUGGGAAAAGGUCAAGAACGUAUCCCAUAAGGAAAACACAUGCCGCUCCGUCGGCCUGAGUCUCCAAGCAGUGGUCCUUCUGGCUGUUGCUCGCACCCUUGCGCGGGCAACAGGAUCAACAAGUCCAACCAUGGGUUUAUACCAAACCGGUCGCUCCGCCUCAUUCCCCAACAUUGAAAAGCUCUCCGGGCCUUGUCUGAACGUCAAUCCAUUCACCAUCUCCGACGUCAUCUCUGACGAAUCGGAGCCCAACCUCCUGGACAAAGCCCGCGCGGUUCAGUCUUCCCUUGCAGAACGCGUCUCGUUCGAGCAAAGCUCACUGCAGGACGUCCUCCGCUGGGUUGAUGCUCAACAAUCCGGAUCGCCAUGGUUCAAUACCUGGGUCAACCUCCUCUGGAUGCAGGGUUCCAUUCCAUCAGCUAAUGAUGCCUCGCCAGAUGCAGACGUCAACGACAAGGCCGAGGUCUUCUUGCCUCUUCGCAUCGGUGUACCCACGGACUUUAUUCCCGAUGAGCCUCUGCCUGGUCUGGAGGCGACCUCCGUGUCUGCCUUAGAUACUUCUCUUCUGCCAGAUGAGAACGUAUACAUCGAUAUCGGUCCUGACCCGAAGACUGAUACCAUUGGAUUCGGUGUUCGUGUCGAAGGUGGUUGUCUUUCUGAGGAGGAAGUCAAUAAACUUGUGUCUGAUAUCGGGGCUGAGAUUGAAGGAAUCGUUUCGUCGUUGCAAUGA